AUGCAAUUGAAUCAUGAAAUCAUACCCAAAAUCAGUGAAUCUUUGAAUGCAGUUACUGGAUACGCUGCUGUCAACAAGCUGAAAGAGAAGGUCUUGCAGAAAGACGCAGAGCUAAACUCGAAAAAGCAACUCCUGGAAGCCGCCAGAAAGCGAUACGAGGAUCUCAUUGACUCACGAAACAAGAUGCAACGGGAAUUGACUGGACUUAUAGACAGAAGAGACUCUUGGAUGAAUACAGAUAUCGAUCGAUAUACGCAUCUAUUCAAGCAGAAUCUGUCGCUGGAGAAGGAGGAAGCUGCUGCCAAGAGUCAGUAUAAAGCUGCUACCGAGUCUAUGGAGACUACCCAAGCUGAACUGUUGAGUGAGAUACGUGAACGUUAUAUUGAGGAACAGCUAUACUCUGACAAGAUACGGAGCGUUUCGACGUGGUACACAUGGGCUCUCAUCCUGGUGCACUUUACAAUCUUUGUCUCAGCUCAAUUUAUAGUCGAACCAUCAAGGCGGCAUCGUCAACACGAACAACUAUCCCAACUGAUUUUAGAAACCUCACAACUAAAUCAAGAUGCAGUUGAGAAACAAUUCAUGAUAGAGUUACGACCUCUCGUGGAGAGGUUGACUGAGAUUCAAGCCAAAGAAGCUGAAGAAGCUGAACGCGUGAAGAGUGUUGUGAAGAUUGCUGUUGAUGGGGGUGGUGCGGGGAAUGCCACGAAUCAAUACCGUGCACAGGGAUUAAUAGUCGGGUUACUGUUGGGAUUAUCGAUUUAUUUAAUAAAAUAG